GGCGUGGCUACCCCCCAUCCCUGGAGAUGAGGGCCCCCGGGGCCGAGCGUGAGCUCAGUCCGGUGGAGGAGGUGCCCCCUGAUGCUGAAGAGCCCACCCUCGCCUGCCUUCGGCCGGGGUCUGGCCUUGAACAUUACCGAUCUCCCGGACUGACCACUUACCCCGCAUGGCACACAUACUGCUGCACAUACAAAUCUAGUGUGGCCAAGGAAAUCGAGCCAUUUCGGAAUCAUGGGAGUGUUGAUGUCUAAACGGCAGACAGUGGAGCAGGUUCAGAAGGUGAGCCUGGCUGUGUCAGCUUUCAAGGAUGGGCCGGAUAGGCCUUCUCUCCGGCGUACAGGUGAAUCAGCUGGUUCUCGAGAGGGCACUGUGGAGCACUCUGUCCAGGAAGUACAAGAGGAGGAUGAGCCGGAGAUAGUGGCCGCUGUCCCACAGGAAGAGAACACUGUCAACAAAGCAGCCUGGGAACGGCUAAGGGAUGGCCGUGGGGUAGAACCUGAGGAGUUUGACCGUGCCAGUCGUUUCACACCACCUGCCUUUAUCCGACCUAUUCGGGAACUAAAUGAUGACAAGCCACUUGAUAUCUGCUUGGAACCAAGAGAAUCUGUUAUCAGUGAUGAGAUGUGUGAGAUUUGUGAGGUAUGGACUGCUGAAAGUCUCUUCCCGUGUAGGAUCUGCACAAGGGUUUUUCAUGAUGGCUGCUUGCGCCGCAUGGGCUAUCUACAAGGAGACAGCACAGUGGAAGUGACCGAGAUGGCUCACACUGAAACAGGCUGGAGCUGUUACUAUUGUAACAACCUCAACCUGCUUCUCACAGAAGAAGAGAUGUACAGCCUCAUGGAGAACUUCCAGCAGUGCAAAAUUAUUCCCGAUUGUUCCUUGACACUGGAGGACUUCCUGCGCUACCACCAUCAGGCAGCAAGGCGAGGAGGAAGUGAAAGGGCACUUAGUGAAGAGCAGGAAGAGAGGGCAGCUCAACAAUUUGCUGCCCUUGACCCUGAGCGCAGGGGCCAUGUUGAGUGGCCUGACUUCUUGUCGCAUGAGUCCCUCCAGCUACUACAGAAACUUCGUCCACAGAAUUCUCUGUUAAGGCUACUGACGGUUAAGGAACGGGAACGUGCUCGAACAGCCUUCCUAGCCCGAGGCAUUGGGGGCUACAUCAGUGAGACUGAAUGCCGUUGUGCCCAACACACCUGGUUCCGAAAACGACCCUUGGAGGCAUCAUCUUGCAAUGUUAGUAUCAGCCAUGUGGGACCCAUGUCAGAAAACAGCCCAGCCAGCAACAGCAGUGCCAGGAGCCCAGAGAAACCUUUGCAGACAGCUGAACAGGAGGAACCCAGGUCUGUGGAUUGGCCCACCUUCCUGAAGGAGAAUGUCAUCUACAUCCUUGCUGCUCGCCCCAACAGUGCUGCCAUUCACUUGAAACCCCUAGGGUAGGGUCUCUAGAAGUAGAGCUAGCCCCUACCCAGCCAUGGCUGGGGCAAUGGGGGCUCAUCUCCUUCCCCAGCACCUGACACUGAAAAAGACUGGGAGAGGGGAGACCUCCAGCAUCUUUGUUCCUGAGCUUUGCCACAGGGGAUCUAGAUAACAUCUCCUUUCAUAGAAAGGGGAGCAAGCACAUUGCCUAAGGGAGAGGUUCUGGGAGAAGAGGCAAUAUUCACUCUACCCCUCAACAGCUCUGUCUGUUGCUAGCAAAAAAAAAAAAGUUCCCUCCCCCACUGUUCCUUCCUCAUCUCAACCGGUGUCACUAAUGGGGUAACUCAAGAUUCUUUAUCCCUCCAAACUUCCAGAAGUUUGGUUUCUAAUUGGUUGAGAAGGGACCAGACUUCAUUGAUGUCCUGGGUCAUCAUAGCUGAAGGAGGCCUUAGUGAUCACCUAGUCCAGCUCUCUGUUUUAAAGAUGGGGAGAAUGAGGCCCAGAGAAGUUUUGACUUGCCUAAGGUCACACCAGGAGUGAGCAGCAGAACCAGAAGUGAAAGCCAGACCUCAUGACUCCUAGUCCUGUCCCUGUACAAAAACACCCCAGAUUUGUCUGGGGGUGAGGCAGGGGUGAGGGGUAGUGCCUACUCCUUCCACAGUUAGCCAGACUUGGUUUCUGAUUGACCAGAAAGGGACCAUAGUCCCUUACAUCCAGAAUUUUUUUGCUGAGGUAAAAGCAGCCUACCACACCUAUCCUUUACUAACCUGUAAACUACUGAGUAGAGACAGGAAAACUAAAUCCUCCCCAGAAUUCCAGUAACUUUGGCUGAAAUAAAUCUCAUCCAAAGUCAGUUGAAUUCUGAUUAGCUUUACAAAUGAAACUGGUAACCUUAGAUGAGGCUGUACCUAAGAUGUCACUGUAUUGGAAGUGAACAAAGUGGAUUCCAGUUCUGGCUUCUUGGAACCAAAGGCCUGAUUUGGUGGACAGUAUAGAAAACUAGCCCCACUUACAGUUCAGAGGACCCUACUAGGUAUUAUUCACAUUCUGCUCUCUCAAUCUCAACCAGUUCCUAUAGACAAAAUAAUUAAUAUCAUCAUUGUGGAGAAUAAAGAAGUCUUCCUUAGCAUCUCUAGGAAGGAAAAAGGGAUUCUUCUAGAUAAUUAGUACUGCAGGUGAUCUUCCAUUCCACUUCUAGAAUAUGAGACAUACUGGGAGAGAAGAGGUUUUAGAAUUCAAAGAGGACUUGGGGCUACCCUGUCUUCUGAGGAACAAAGCUUUUCCUAGGGUUUGGGGGCUAAUGGAGUAGGCAAUGACUCAGAGAGAGGAAGGUAGCCCCACCUCUCACUGUCACCAAGACAAAAGUCUUAUGAUUGGCCUUCCCACAUAUUCCCAUUAGGCUAGGUAUUACCAUUUUGUGACUUCUUUUCCCCUUCAGAUCUGCUCUGGAUGUUAUAUUUUGUCAGUAUAGAAUUGGGGUCAGCAUGAGGGGCUAUGUAGUAUGGAUUGCCUGAAUGUAUCCCCCUGGGGUCCAGUGAGAUAGAGGAAGGUGCAUGGUGUACAUGUCUAGUACUCCUUUGACUUCAAAAUCUGGCCUGGCUUAGGAAAGCUGCUGUGCAUAGUCCUUAGUGAACUAAGGUACAGAUAAGAGCCUUAGACAGCCACUGAAGACACUAUGGCUUGUCCCUAUGCCCCAGCAUUGUGCAUGCUGGUCUUUAGGGAGAGCAAAAAUGAAAGGAAUCUUCUUCAUCUUCCCAAAUUGCUCUCUAUAGCUGUUAAAUAAGGAAACUCCAACUCUUAUUCAAUGCCUUAGUUUCUCUGCCUGUAAAAUUUGGAGAGGAAUGAGCUCUGUCAUAUGAAAGCCAAGUUUUCCCUAGAAGUUCCUUUGCAACCUCCUAUCAAUCAAAUGGAGAAAUAGGAUCCAGUGUUUUUGAUGGACUUUGAGAUCCUCAGCAUCAUUGACAAUGAGCUGAGCUCAGAAUUGAACACGAGGAGGAGAAUGGGCUGGAUUGCCUUUGUGAAACUGCACAGUGCUUUUAAUGACUCCAAAUUUCUCAUUAAAACAAAGGCUCAUCUUUUUUAAUCUUCUUCUUCCAAUGGUAUCUGUUGUGUGGCUUCAAGUCAUGGGAUACCACAGUCUCUGAAGAAUUAAAAUUAUCUGAAAGGCAAUAGAGUGGCAUAGGGUGGGCAUGAGUAAAGUGCAACGUGUAAGCAACCAAGAAAAACAGUAUAAUAAAGGAUAUCAUCAGAUGUAUGAUUAGAAAAGAAGAUGGAUUUGUCAUGGCCACUGCAAAGACAAGAACUCAGUUGGCAUUCAUGUAAUAUCAAAAGAACCAGAAGUCUUCCCUUGUAGAGGAUUUAUGGGAAAAUAUGGAUGAGAAGUGCACAAGACUAGAGGGCGUGAAUAGGUUUCUGCCUGAAUUAUUGGAGAGAGUAUCCACAUUGAUAAGAUCAUAGAUCCAGUGAAAUACUGAGAUUCUCAAAGGAAUGUCAGUACAUGCAAUGGAGUCAUGGAAAUUUGUGGUCCACAAAACUAAGGAAUCAACUUGGAGAAAUAAUGAAAGUUGUUUGAGUAUUUAAACCUGAAUUCAACCCAAGAUCAGAGUGGGACCACUUUUAUGGUUCUGAGAGUUUCACAAGCUACUUGCAGAGGUUCCUCUACUGAGCUCAAAAUAUUGACUGAUGCUAAAGGUUAUGGUCAUUCCCACUGAAAAAGGAAAAAGUAAGCCGCCUUCUCUCAUUCAUGAUGGCAUCAAGGACAUUGCAUUCCAUCAUAAGCUCUUGUCCCAAGAAGUACUGUACUCUUUCUCACUGCAUGUCAAGUCAGAGGCCUAGGGGAUCCCUUGAGAAUAGUCUUCUCAAAGAACUGGCUUCCACAAGGUAAAUCCAGGAGGCACACACUUUAUGCUUCAAGAAAUUGAGGGAUCUCAUCUUCUGCACUCAAGCAACUUAAUGGCCUUCAUUAACUACCAGGAUUAUGAUUCUAGGCUCUUGUUCACUUAUCCUGCUUAGAUGAAAAUUGAUGCCAAAAAAAGUUGCUCCCUGGCCAUAGUCCUAUGUCUUCAGUGUGUGAGAAAAACUAUGUGAGAGAGACCUUACAAGGCAGGCACAUCCUCGGGCCAUCUAAGCAGAACUAGGUAUCUGGGGUGCCUAACUAUUGCUCCUUUCACUUGGUGUUCAGGUGAGGCUUUAGGUGAGUUCCUCUUCCCCUUCUCAUGGGGAAUAUGGGAAGGCCUUAUAUGGAAGGCCUUUUCCCUCUGAGUAGGGGGGUUAAGGUACAGAAGAAUAUCAUAGAAGUGGAUCCUUAUUUGGGAACCAGAUUCCCUAUAUUGGAAGGAAACUUGAAAUAUUCAUCCUUCUUGCCUCUAGGCAGGACUAGGCAGUGGAUAGCUCUACCAUUUUUCAUAAACACAUGUCAUUAGCUAGUGAGGGAGAUUGCAAAGUAAUUACCUUAAUAAUUCAGUGUUCAAGAUCCUUGGUCAUAAAUUCUGUUCAGCCUAAGUCUUGUGUUCUACAAUUUGUUUCUUCCUGGUGUCUCACUGGGGAGUUGUAUAAUAAACUGUCCCUUUCCUUCUGUAAAAAUUCUUGGAAUAUUCAAACACUCCAAUAUAUUCUUAACAAAAUCAUCCCCAUUUAAUUUAACUUUUCCUCGUAGGUCAUCCUAAGACCUUUCAGUUAUAUUAGUCUAAAUUCUCUCAAGACUCAACAUAGAUAUCUUCCCCUAGUAAAGGACCUCACUUUCUUCUCAUUGGCUUCAGCAAUAAGAUCCUAACACCUCUCCUUUUUCCUUCUGAGGGGAGGCAUUUAUUAUACAUCAAAUCUCUUUGGAGAAGACUGCUUCCCCUAAAAUUGCUCAUCACCCAUCAAGCUGCCUCUUUAAAACCGGAUUAAAAUUGUGCAGUCCCCGCCACUAUGUUGUAUGGGAAUGCCUGCCACAAAGAAGCAGCUGCUGCCACUCACAGUGAGGUAUUACACUUUUGAGCCAUUCCUCUUUCCCCUGUGGCCUUCUUGCCUGCCUAUUUUCCUUUAACAUUGAGGAACAGGUUCCAGAUAGUUAUCUAGACACACUUAAAGCUAAUCCUGGGUUCUUGAGUAAUAUAAAUAUAUGAGAUUCGAGGAGAAAGAGGCUUCAUCCCCUAGACACCAAAAUCACACUCAAGGGUUCAUCUCUAUUUUGAUUCCAGCUCCACACAAAAGUAUUUUGCCAGUGGAAAUGAUGAGCACACACACAAACACACACAAAUACACUGCCUUCUCCCCCUACCCAAUGUCACUGUGACUGAAGGUAGUGAAUGAUAUCUGUUCAGAUCCACUAGCCUUGCUAAGCUCCUGACAUCCAAGCUUUGAGGGCAUCUGAAUGGAAUGGCAAAAGGCCUGGAACCUUUUAUCCUUUGUAGGAGUGACCACUAUGAAACCCUACUCACCCUAAGCCCUUGCUUUUUUUAUAAUUGGAAGCACAGCACAGUCUGUACUGCCUACUGGGAUGUACUACCUUAUAAAAGGAGGUCUCACUUGGGAAACCCCUGGAAUCUCCAGGCAGUUAAAGUCAGACCUGCUAUGAUCAUCCCAGCACCAGUGUGAAUGAACUGGGAUGUCAGAACCUUAGCCAGCAAGGAGAGAUGGAAGCUUAGUAGGAAUUGAUUAGGACAGCAACAGGCACUAGGAGUCCCCUUCAUCCUCAGGACAGAAGCACCAUAGCAGGUGGCUCAGGAAUGCUAAUGCUUUCUCCACCCAGAAUUCUUAGUGGAGGACUGUGACCCUGCAAAACCAAAAUGUGCUCUUCAGCUGGUGGCUUGUAAUGUGAAGUAUGCAGAUACUGCAGUUAAGAGGCUGAGCAGUCCUAACUCUAGAAUUGCAGGAGACACCAUCAGCCAGCACGAAGCCACAGCCAGAGCCACUUGCUGCCUGGCUUACAGUUGAAUCAAUCAGCUGCUGCCUUUUGCAUGCCAUUUACUCUGUAAUCACUUAGGAUCUCUGAGCUUCUGAGGAGUAAGUACAUUAUUGUGUGCUUGCUGCAUCUCAGUGAACUGAGAGUUUCUCAUCAUCAGAUGUUCAUGACAGUUCAGCCCCUUGGGAACAGUGUCCUACAUUUGAUCCAGCCAUACCAUUAUCAUUCUUUUCCCCCCUGGUAGCCCCUGGAUUGAGCCAUGGUUCUUAAAGAAAGAAAAAUGAAGACCAGAGUCACCCCCUCUGUGCCAUAUUUCUUUCAUGAUCCAAUGUGGCUGAAGAAUGUCAUUCUUCCCCUGUGCUUUUUGGAGUGGAUCCUAUUGUCUGAUGCAGGUAUAUAUUACUGGGCAGUCUUCUGUUUCAUAUUGGGGGAUGUAUGCUUCAACCUGGUAGGGAGUUGGAACUGGCCUUAAGUGGUCACUUACCACCACAACUCUCUAAAGUUCUAUAACCCUUGGCAUUGGGUUGGCAUACCCUUUCACAGGUAAUAGCACUGGGGCACAGAAAACAAAAGGAACUUUUCAAGAUUCCUAAAGCAAAGAUAUGGUUGAGGAUAGAACUGAGGUGUCCUGGGUCCCAGUUAUGGGAGCUUGGCCACAAUGCCUGAAGAGGUAUUAUCCUUGUGUCCCCUGUGAUCCUUUUCUGAAGAACACUGAAGACAUAUUCUAAGAGUACUUGGGCAGCAGUGGGUUCCACUUAUCCCUUCUUCCUCCACAUUCUCACUGUUAGUAGAUGGCAUGCCCUUUUUAAAAGAAUCUGCCCAAGCCCUGUACUUGCCUUUCUGCAAACUAACUUGGACAUUGAGGGGUAAGAUCCCCAACUUCUGUUUUUCCUUUGACUAUAGUUGCAUGUUUCUUCUACCCAUGCCCAGCCCUCGUGGGCAAUGCAGCCAAAUGGAGCUGGUGCUCCCAAAGUCUGGGCACACACAGGAUAUCCUAAUAAAGAAAUCUUGACACUACUA